AUGUACCUGUUGAAAUCAUCAAAUAGUGGGGGAGGAAUAUUCACUACGCCUAUCGUUGUUACUACUACUACUACUCCUACUCCUACGACAACAUCAUCUCCACAUCGACAAAUUCUCCUGCCGCCAGUUUCUACAGUUCAUCUUUCAUCAUCAUCAACAUCAUCUUCAUCAUCCUCAUCUGCAUCAUUGUCACAAUCGAUUAAUUCACAUGAUUAUUGUACAGAAGCCUAUUUUACAACAAAUGAAUCAUCAUAUGAUAUUGUAAUACGUAAGACUAUUCAAGAUGUUGUAACUAAUCCUGGAAUACUGCUUGAUGAACAAAUUAAUGUUACCGGUGUUGGUGAUGGUGGCGGUGGCGGUGGUCGUCUACACAAACACAAUACUAUUAUUAGUAGUAGUUGUAGUCAUCAUGAAGGUAUUGAAAAAACCGAUGUUGGUGGUGGUGGUGGUGGUUGUGUUACUGCUGACAAUCUUCUAUUCGAUGAUAUAUCUGCUGCCAUUGAAGCAAUCAACGAAGCGAAUCGUUUAAAUUCUUUAUGUACCGAUGAUAUUGAUGAUAAUGUUGAGGAUGACGUCAUUGGAGGAUCGAUUGACACUACCAGUAUUAUAUUACAACAACAACAACAGGAACAGACACAAAAUGUUCCAACGAUGGCAACACUUCAUCCAGUAGUUGCAUUGUCCUCCUCUUGCUCUACAUCUACCUCCUCCUGUCUAGAUCAAUUUAUUACACAUUCAAUGUUUGUAAAUAUUCCGAUGACAAAUAUUACUACUGCUACUACUACUACUAUGCCUUCGAUUAUUGAUUAUCAUCAAUCCCCUGGAUUGUUAUUCACUUGUAAUAAUAAUAAUAAUGAUACUCAUGCAUAUAUCCAAAUUGAAAAGAAACAAGAUUCGUUAACGAAUACUUCCCAUGUAAGUGCUACUACUACGACUACUGUUGGUAGUACUUCUAAUAUCACUAGCAGUAUACCAUCUCUAUUGACAACUACUACUCUUCCUCUUCGUCCUAUCAAGAACAACACUCCCAGCCUAUUGUCAUUAUCUCAAUCCAAUUGGCGGUUUUUAUUACGACCAAUAUUUGAAAAAAUUAUAAUUGAAAAAUUAUGGACUAGUGGUGAGCUGGGUGGAUCAAAUCCAUACUCGUUACUACUAUCGAUGUGGUUUUUUAUAUCACGAUAUUUUGGUAUUGGUUGUCGAACAGAUCAUGCUAAAUUAGCUUAUGGGAAUAUUGUUAUUGAUAGGAAUACAGAAACGGGGGAAAGGUAUUUACGAUUUACAAGCCUUCCGCAUGGAACUCGUCCAUCCGGUGGUAGUGGUUAUGGCGCCUUAAGAAGAAUAUCAAAACUUGGCAAAGAAUUGCCAACAUUUCAGGUGAAACCACGUCAUCCAGAUACUCGUUUAUUAGAAUGUCAAUCUCAACCAGAUCGUUGUCCAGUUCGAUUAUAUGAAGCAUUUUGUUCACAUCGUCCAUGUUCCACGACAACAAUUCACUCACCAUUCUACUUACAACCUGAUCGAGCUGCUGCCGCUAUCCAUUAUUAUCAUCAUAAUGCCUCCUCCUCCUCAUAUCCCAAUUCAUCAGUAUGGUUUACACUGAAUGCUCUAGGCAAGAAUAAAAUCGGUUCAAUGUUGAACGGUGCAUUACAAAGUAUUGGAAUGCCUGUUGGUAGACAGGUGAAUUUAACACGAUUCUGUGAUUCGUUAAUAGCAGCAGUCUUUUCGCUACAACCAUCGUCUUCAUUAAAAAAUAGCAACAACAACAGCAUCAGUGGGGGUGACGGUGACGUUGGUGAUCUCACUAGGGAGGCUUGUCGUGUCAGUGAAACAUUACGCAGUAUAAUAUUAAACUGUCGAUUAAUAAUACCUUAUCAACAAAUCCCUGAAUCAAUACAACCAACUAUAUCAUCACUAGCUGAAAAAGUUGUUCAGUUGUCGGCAACACGUGGUUCACCGUUUAAUAAUUAUCUUGCUAAAUUGUCUACCCUUAAAAAAUCUGUCAAUAAUAAAAAUAACGGUAACAAAGUGAUAGUGAAAAAGACAAAUGUUAGAAAACUGGGUAAAGUAUCAUCGAAAUUUCUGUUUCCUAGCGAUGAUGACGAUUGUAGCGAUGAUGAUGAUGAGGAGGAUGACGCUGAGGGUCAUCAAAAUCAGGAGACUACUGAUCCUAAUAACAACAAUCAUCAGCAACAGCAUCAAUUAAUCGUCUUUACAGAUAAUUUAUCCCAUUCAACAGUGAACACUAAUCAUCAUCAUAAUAUUACUUCUACUGGUACUACUAAUAGUACGUCUACUGAGAUGAACAUCGAUAAUCAUCGUCCGUUGAAGUCGUCAUCAUCGGAUUCUUCACUACCAACUAUGGUACCAAUGAGUAUAUGUUUCAAUUCAAAGCAUAUUGAUGGUUGUUACAGUGAUCAUCCUUCUCUGGGUAAUGGUAUGGACGACGAUGACGAUAUCGAUGGUGAUGAUGAUGACGAUGUCGGCAUUGAUGCAUUCGAUCUUAACCAAGCAGAUCUAUCAUUGAAUAAUCUACAUAACAAUCAAAUUAGAACUGGUAUCGGUACAACAAAUAAUGUUGGUAAUACUAUUGAUACUGCAAAUGAAAUGAUGAAUAAUAAUAAUAAGGGUGGGAAUUAUUGUUUAACUAACGGGAAAAUCUCCCCAUCAAUAAUGCAAGAGAAUAUCAACCUGGGAAUAACACAAAAUUUUCCUUUUGGUAAUAUUAUUCAAACACAUGGACAAACACUAAUCGAUUUGGCUAGUGGUCAAUUGUUUCAAUUACAACCGCAACAUUCAAAUCAACAACAACAACAACAGUUGUUGUUGAAUAAUUCAACUGAGUUCCUACUCACCUGUCCUAAUAAUAAUAAUACUAAUGGUAAUAUUAACGGUGUACUUGGUAAUGUGAAUAUUUCCUCGUCACUUUCUCCAACGGUUAUAUUUGUACCAGCCACCACCUAUAAUACAGCAACAGCACAGAAUAAUCGUAUGGAAUUGACGUGUGGCGGUGGCGUCGGUGUUGGUGUCGGUGGUGCUUCCUCUUCCACUUCACCUAAUCAAGGAGGCAUCGGUUCAUCAAUUUCUGCUGCUCUUCCUUUAGAUGAAAGUAUGAUUGAUAUAUCACGUUUAGGCGGUAUUGAAAACCUGAUGCCUUCAACAGCUGUCAUGUUCUCAUCCAGUACACCGAUUAAACAAUCUUCACCUGAAUGUAUUACACCACAAUGUCUAGUUGAUAUUCCUAUCAAACAACAAGUUGUCAGUGGAAACGGGAUUAAUAAUAAUAAUAACAAUAAUAGUAGUAAUCGUAAUAAUCCAGUUCGUUGUCGACCUGUCGAUGAUAUCCGUAUUGACCUGCGUAAAACAGGUGGAGGUUCAGGUAGAUCAGUGAAAUUAGAACUACGCGAACUAUUAGAUCUUGUCUUGACGUCGGCAUCUCAUUCACCAAAUCCAAUAGUGUUAGCAGACAGUGGAAAGAUAUACACACCACAUCCUGGUACAUCACAACGUCCUCCAGUUGGUUUAGUGACACAACUUCUUUGGCGCGCUCGUGCACUAGAUGAUCGUGGACCAUGGAUUCUAACCUUUUCUAUGUGGUGGUUAAUGCAACAUUAUUUUGGUAUUGGAAGUCGUAUGCAUCAUGUUCGCCUACGUUGGGGACAUAUACGACUGGUUAGCGGGGUAAUUGACCCAAUGACUGGUGAACUGUGUGAUGCUAUUGAAUAUGUUGGCCCACCAAAUUUUACAACAGUUAAAGCCUGUGCACUACCUGAAAUCAAUCCUGCUACUACUACUGCUCCUGGACAAGAAUCAUCAAGCUCGUCAGUUGCUGCUGGUGCUGCUGCUUCUGGUAGUGUUAUUCGUCGUGUCUAUCCAUCUUCAGGAUGGGCUGAGCCUGAAAUAACUGUAGCGACUGCAUUGUCUACUGAGAGUAAAGCGGAUCGGCCAAGAGUUCGUCCACUGGAUACGGAUCCAUCUGUACCACCGGUUCCACCGCGUUCAGGACCUGAUUUUGUCGCCUUGUAUAAAUCUUUCGCUAGGCAUAGACAAGAAGCAUCACUGCUUCCGGAUUCUCCUUUCUAUGUUCAACCUUUACAGAAUUCGUCUGCAGCCUUUCAUUCAAAAUCUUCUAUUGCUUGGUUCAGUAUCGGUGCAUUGGGCAAAAAUCGUAUCGGUGCAUUAAUGCGCAACAUUGUUGACAAGGUAGUACGACCAGAUAUGCCAAAGGUUGCAACAGCUGCCUUAUCAGCUGCAACUAGUGCUUGUGUGAUAGCUGCGGAUAGAGCUGCGUUAGCACUGCCCGAUAAUCAUUGCGUAGGCGUUGGCAACACCAAAAUACCUUCAUCAGAUCUAAGUACUCGUCAACAAGCAUUAGUUGACAAGUUAUCGUGUCUUCUAGGUACUAAUAUGUCCAGUAUGAUGAUGACAACGAAUACACAGAAUGAUGUGCAAAAAAUCAAUAUCAACACUAAUAGUCAUAAUAAUAACAACAAUACUAGUACUAACAAUAGUGCUAGUAGUAAUGGUAGUAAUGCAGUGAUAAUUUCACGUUUAGACAACCCUGAAACCAACGUGCUGCUUUUGUCACCAUCUUCAUCAGCCGGAGUGGUACAACAACAACAAGCCUUGCCUACAACAAUAACAUCAACAACAGCAGCAGCAGCAACAGAUAUUAUGCGUAGUCCAAAUCAUUUCUUACUAAAAGUGCCAAAACUUGUAACAUCUAGUGCAACCAACACCAUUAUCAACACACCGACUACGAAUAAUAUAUCCUUGUCAUCAAUGAUAGCUCCGUUGUCUACAUCGCCACCAGAGCCACCAGCACCGCCACAGGUGCUUCGAAAUCAAAUCGUGUAUGAAACGUCAGCAUCAUCAAUUCAACAGGCACAGCAAUCAUCACAGAUGCAGUGUCCUUCGUUGGUGUUCACUCAACAGCCGUACUUACAACAACAACAACAGCAACAACAACAAUAUCAACAGCAACAGCAACAGACGUUUAUUCAAGACACUGCUACUACUACUUUUCUCUUGUUAACUACUGUCGACGGUCAGACAUUUUUAGCUCCCGCAGGAGGUUGUUUUGGCGGUUUUAAUAACAACAACGCUAACAACAACAAUAACAAUCAGUCACCUGGUGGUUACAUACUAUUACCAACUGCGACGUCUACUGCAACUCAUUCUACUAAUAUUGUCACGCCUGGUUCUAUUGUUACUAAUGCAAUUUCACAGAUAGAACAUACAGACGUUGUACAACAACAAUCGCCUUAUGGUCAGUAUCAUCAUCCAGUCCAGUCGUCUAUUAACAUGCCUAUGUUAAUUUAUGGUUCUGGAGGUGGUGGUGGUUAUUCACCUAUGAAGGGACAGAAUAUGGUGGUAUCACCAUAUCAAUUGACGACAGUCAUGGGUGGUACAACGUCGAUUCCGGUGACUACAACAACAACAACCACAACAACUACUACUAGUGCAAUUACACGAUCAUUAGUCACACCACGAACCUUUCAACAACAACAUCCUCAACAACAACAGCAACCGAUUGCAUAUCACCUCACAUCAAAUCCAACCAGUAGCAAUAAUUCACUCCCGGUGAAUGUUAUCCUUUUAUCGAAUAAUUCAACGUCAACUUCAUCGUCUACCUCACCAAUUCUCUUGAGUAAUUGUACUUCUAGUACUUCUAGUAGUAGUAAUACACCAGCUGUUGUACACUCUCAAUCUAUUCAUCUACCGGGAACAAUUUAUCAAACAGAAAAUCGUUGUGAUAUCGAUUUCAGCAUGUACUCAGCUAGAGAGACUUCAGCUGCUAAUACUACUACUACUGCGGGGAGUAGUAUGCCUAGUACUGUCGGUUUAGUCGAUUCAUCAUUCCAACCGUUGAUUAUUCAAAGAAAUGACUCAAAUAUGGCUACUGUACUGUUAAAUACAAAUAGUGAUAGUUCACCGGUUCGUCGAACAAUUACUCUAAUGAAUUCAGGAAAUCCAUUAACUGUAGUUAAUAAUAAUAAUAAUAGUGUUGGUAACAUCAUGACCUUGAGAUCGCCAGUUGUUGCGUUAUCAUCAUCACCAUCGACGACUACCACGACGACGACAACUUCAGUCCUGCCUGCUUGUAAUCAAAUCCUUUGUGGACGUAGUUCAUUGCAGCAACCACAAGUACAACCACCACAGCAACAACACCAACAGACUCAACCAACUGUAUUGUUUGAUACUUCUACCUCUUCAGUAUCGAAUACCACCAACUCAAUGACCAAUGGUGGCACUGCUGCUACUGCCUUAUUACACCUGAGUCCAAUGAAAACAUCAGGCUAUCAUCAACAAUCACCGAGUAAUAGUCUUAUUCAAGCAUUAUCAUCAUGCGGUCAGUUGAUUGCUAUUACACAGCCUAUAGAUGGUGAAAGUGUUGUCGGAGGCAGUGUCCUACAGCCAGUGAUACAUCAUAAUCAAAUGCUGCAACAGCAGAGAGUGCAACAACACCAGCUUAUCAAUUCAUCUUCUGAUUUGAUCACUGGGGGUCAACAACAACACCAACAGCAACAACCAACAAUCACAAUUCUUCCGAUCAGUAAUAAUACAACUGCUAUUAGUAAUAAUAACAAUAGUGAUAAUAACAGUGUCAAUAUUGUUCCUAAUAAUAAUAAUGGUAUCAAUAACAAUGGUAUUAAAUCGGAUCUGUACUUUGAACUCCCUAUGAUCGAUGGAGGUGAUCAGAAUAAUAAUAGUAGUAAUAAUAAUAAUAACAAUGCAGGUCAAACUGUCUAUCGUUUAUUGUGUACUGAUAAUUCUUCCGAUAGAAUGUUACUCACAAAUAACAUCACCAAUAAUCAUAAUAAUAAUGAAAUAAGUCGCCUUGUUUUUGUUCAUACUACUAAUAAUCAAAAUAAUAAUAGUAAUAAUAAUAGUAGUCUAUCUGAAACAAUGAAUAGUAUAUUCACAACAGAGAAUUCCUUAUAUCCUCCUGCAACAUUGUCAUCCACUCUCCCACCGACAUCAUCCUCGACAACGCCGCCAUCAAUGAUAACGUCAACGAAUGAUCAUCAUUUCCUUAUCGAUCAUUUUCCAAGUGUUAUCAUCAAUCAACAACAACAACAACACCAGCAACAACCAAUGAUGAAUGGAGGUUAUUCUUCAUUGGCAUCACCACAACCCUCCGUGUCUUCAUCCUUCUCCUCCUCCGCUUCCUCCUCGUCGGCGUCUUCAAUGAUAUCAAUGAAAACAACUUCAUCAGGAGUUGGAUCCAAAUCUGGAUCAUUGUUAUUAGUGUCUACUGCAAAUCCAACGAUAUCUUCAAGUAUACUUCAAUCGUCAAAAAUUUCUUUACUUACUACAUCAAAGUUAAAAAAGGAUCAGGAUAAUGUCGAUACUACUACUACUACUACUACUAAUAAUAAUAAUAGUAGUAAUAAUGCUAAUUGUACUACCAGUGUGAUGAUGAAUAGCCCUCAUCUCCUGAAUGCUGGAUAUUUUAUUAAAGGAGAUGAUAAUCAAUAUUUGCGCCCUUCUCCAACAAUUUUGACCAUCAUGACAAUAAGUCCAACAAAACGAGAACAACAAUUCAAUAAUGACAUGAGUAACAAUAAUAGUAUUAAUAAUAAUAAUAAUAACAAUAAUAAAGGAAAUACCAGCAAUAAUAAUAAUAAUUUCUUGUCAACACUACCACCCCUGUCAAGUAUGACGUGUUAUUUAAUUCCAAUCGAACCAAAACCUGAACAAUUGAAAACUUUACAGUCAGUGAUCAAUUCAGCUAGUGCAUUUCAAUGUUCCGAUUUCCCCGCGUAUGUUGAACAAUUAUUUCGUAAAGGGAUCCUUAGUGGUCUACGUCCAUGGUGUUUAAAUUUCACUGCAUGGUUUAUCAAUACACUUGUCUUCGAGGUGGAAAAUCGUACAGAACAUGUCAGUUUACGUUGGGGUGAUUUCCGGUUGUGUAAAACAGCUGAUGGACGAAUUGAAUAUAUUUAUUUUAUUAAUCGUAUUACAAAUAAACGUUAUUAUCUUGCAAGUUCACCAACGUCGUGUUGUGCUCUAGGUUAUAAUAAAAGUGAAUUUGACAAUAAAUCAUUGAAUGAACCACCUGUUCGUUGUCCAUGCCCUGUAACUAUAUUCAAAGCAUUAAGAGAUCGUCGACCUAGUGGUUGCUUGGAUCCAUAUUCAAAGUUCUACUUACAGCCACGUAAUGUUGAAUGUCCUGAAGCGAAUGCUAUUGCAGAAAUUCACGACAGAGUUCAAAAAUGUCAUCUGCUACCAGCUUAUAGUAAUUGGUUCACAGAGCAUGCAUGGGGUAAAAAUAAACUUGGCGGUUUAUUUGCUGAAGCCUCACGACUAGCUGGCCUACCAACAAUAUGGUUACGUAAACAUCGUUCAAGGAAUUUUUUCCCCGGUGGUGGAGGUUCUGGAAUCGGUGCAUUAGGUAAUCAUUUACAUCAUCAAGAAAAGAAGAAGAAGACGACGACAGCGACAGCGAUUGCGACGACGAUGGCGACAGCGACGGUGAAAGAGGGGAACAACAAUAACAACGAGAAUUCAAGUAGUCAUCAAUUCACUUCAACAAGAGAAAAUGAUAUCGGGAAUGACGAUGAUGACGAUGAUGAUAAUGGCGAUUGUAAUGCUGAUGAUGAUGAUGGUCAUGGUGGUGGUGGUGGUGGUGAGAAGAAUCACUUUGACGAUGAUGAUGAUGAUGACGGCAUCCUUGAUCCUGGUGAUGAUCAUACAAGUCGAAGUAAAGAGAAUAAUAAUGACGAUGAUGAUGAUUUAAGUACACAUACAGAAGUGAAACGUCGUCGUAUUUUGAAUACUGUUCAGAGGAGUACAACGAAUGCGAUAUCGUUACCGGCGACUACAAACUCGACAACAUUCAUUUAUAAUCAACAAGAGGGUUCUUGUAUUACAACUGCAACUGGAACAACAACUGCAACGACAACAACAAAUAGUGUAAAUAUUCUGCCAAGUUCAAUGACUAUUUUAAAACCGAAAGAAAUAAUUUAUACCUCAACAAUCAAUCAAUAGUAAGGAGUAGUGUGCAGGCAUAUAUAUCGCCCCGUCCUAUUCUACUCACCCUCCACCUUCGCGUUCCUUUUCUUUCCCAUUCCAUUCAUUGACACAGAUUGUUCCCGAGCUGUUCUCAGCGUGGAGUCUCUCGACUGAAACCUAUUUGACUGUCUGUCGGUAUGUGUGUGUGUGUAUG